AUGGAAUUGGCAGAUGUGAAGAUUCGAGGCGACUUGAUGCUUCCGCGGAUCGGUCCGCCACUGGAUGAGACGGGAUUUUCGCGCUUCUUCAACCCGGAUGCGUCGGUGACAACCGGCGAUUUUCCGCCGAUCGGCCACUGCAUGACCACCGAGGGUUUGAAGAAUAAUGAGGAUGACGAGAAUAACGAAGACGAUCAUAAAAAGGGCGAGGCAGAGGGGGAACAGCCAGUCGUCCGAUCGACCGUCCUGCUUGCUGUGCUGCUGCUGCUGCUCCCAGGCACGUCGGCCAGGCCCAAGCAGGCCCAGAGGAGGCACCACAGUCCCUACGAAGGGCUGAUCGAAUUCGGAGGACUUGGAGGGUAUGGAGGGUAUAGAGGAUAUCCCGGAGGGUAUGGAGGGUUCGGAGGAUAUCCAGGGUACUACGGUGGGUACGACCCCCUGCGAGGAUACAUCAACAGGUCGGUCCUCAGGGCCCUCUAUCGAUACGGCGCCACACCUUACAGCAUGUACGGCUUCCCCUACGGACGCUGAUUCCGAGCGACUGGAUGUGAAACCUGAGCUACUGGAUGUGAAACCUGAGCUACUGGAUGUGAAACCUGAGCUACUGGAUGUGAAACCUGAGCGACUGGAUGUGAAACCU